GAAGGUUAGUCUUUUAUACCGUACCUUCGUGUUACUAAUUUUAUUUCUUUUCUUUAUAUUUAAGUUAUUUGUGAGAAAUGGAUAAGGAAAAUAUAGAUGUCACGACGAAUUUGUCUAAUGACACCAGUUUAAUCACAGGGAAAGGUAAUCCAAAAAGCCUCGCUGAUGAUGUAAUAAUCAGUAACGAACCAUUGAAAGAAAAUGUCCAGGAACCGAAGAAAAGGAAAAGACAAAUCGAUUCGGAAAGUAAACAAUUAAAAGAUGAAGAGUAUCAUAGAGAAUUACAAGAACAACAGUAUAAACGAUUAAUGCAUUUAUUGAACAGAAGUAAAUUUUACUCCUCGUAUAUCAUUAAUAAAAUUAAUGAUACUUCCAAAGAAAAUGAUAGAAAUGUUAAUAACAAACAGGCUGCUGCUGCCGAUGGUGUUUCACCUGAGGCAAAAGAUAAAAAGAGAAACUAUAAUAAACAGAAUCGUAUAUCAGUAAAUGUGCAAAGGAAAAUAGUCUCGAAGAGAAGUAGAUUUAAUUCUAACGAUGAAAGCAUCGAGUCUGAAUUACUUAUAGAUUCACAGAAUGAUGAAGCUUACGAUACUGCUACAGGGACGCCAAAGUUUUUCAAUGGGGAUUUAAGAGAGUAUCAAAGACAAGGAUUGCAAUGGAUGCAGGUGCUGUAUUUGAAUGGUAUAAAUGGUAUUUUAGCUGACGAGAUGGGCCUGGGAAAAACAGUACAAGUGAUAGCUUUGAUAUGUCACCUCCUCGAAAAACAGCAAGAUGGACCUUACUUAAUAAUCGCACCUCUUUCAACUAUACCAAAUUGGAUGAUUGAAUUCGAAAGGUUUGCUCCAAAGUUACCUGUCUUUCUACUCCAUGGCACAGUAAACGAAAGAUACUCUACGAUCAGGAAAAUUAAACAAAAGUACAAAAUCACAGAAACUUAUAGUACAAUGCCAAUUGUGAUCACCAGUUUCGAAGUGCCACUACUUGAAAAAUAUUUCUUGAGAUCUUUACAGUGGAGGUAUAUAAUAAUCGACGAAGGUCACAGAAUAAAGAACCACGAAUGUCUACUUGUCACGGUUUUGAAGCAAUGUAAAUCGAUGAAUCGACUUUUGUUGACCGGCACGCCGCUGCAGAACAAUCUAGCGGAACUGUGGUCGUUGUUGAAUUUUCUAUUGCCUGAAAUAUUCGACGAUUUAGCUGUAUUCAAAUCCUGGUUCGACGUGAAAGAGCUCGAGUACGACGAAGGAACGAAAAAGUUUUUGAAGCAAGAAGAAGAGAAGCACGUGCUGUCGACGUUGCGUGAGAUAUUACAACCCUUUAUGUUGAGGCGCGAGAAGUCAGACGUUUGUUUAGAUGUUCCACCGAAGAAGGAAUUAAUCGUAUAUGCUCCGCUCACAGAACUGCAACACGAUUUAUAUAAGGCGGUAUUGAAUCGUGAUAUAGAAAAAUUGAGUUUAAUAGAGAAAUCGCCAAUUAUAUACACGGAGGAUGGUGAACGACCUAAAAGGAGAUGUACCAUGAAGAGUGCAGUUAGCUUAGGAUAUUCUGAUUUCACUCAGGAGAGUGAUGAAAGUACUGACAAUGAACUUUGGAACCAAAGAAAGCCCAUUGAUAAGUCACAUUUGACUGCUUGGAAGCAAUACACUGACGUCACGGAUCGCAAUAGAGAUUAUUUACUUAAUAUUAAAUCUGGUAAUAGAAUGGCAUUGUACAGAAAAAUUGUGAAUCACCCGUAUCUGGUCCAUUGUCCAUUGGAUGCAAGUGGUUUACCAAAAAUAGACAACGAUUUGAUCAAGUCGUCUGGGAAGCUUUCAGUAUUAGACGCGAUGCUCGCGAAGCUUAAAGAGCAGGGCCAUAAAGUUUUGUUGUUCUCCACUAUGACAACGUUAUUGGACUUGAUAGAGGACUACCUUUCGAUGCGUGAUUAUAAUUACGUCAGAUUGGAUGGUACCACUCCACUCGAAGUGAGAAAGGAGAAUAUUAAGAAUUUCUCUAAGAACCCUGAUUUAUUCUUGUUCCUUAUAUCUACGAGAGCAGGUGGUGUCGGAUUGAACCUUGCUUCGGCGGACACUGUUAUUAUGUAUGAUUGUGACUGGAAUCCGCAAAUGGAUAUACAAGCCAUGGCCCGUUGUCACAGAAUAGGACAAAAUCGACCCGUGGUUAUAUAUAAGUUAUGCGUUAAAGGGACCAUCGAUGAAUCAAUUAUCAAUCGCGGAGAAAAGAAACGUUUUCUAGAAAAAGCAGUAAUUUCUAAGAUCGAUACAACCCCCAAAUACGAAAAGGAAUCAUUGAUAAGAUUGAAGGAGCUUUUGGAGUCGAAAGAGUGCCAAGUAGUCGCAGCUGAAAAUCAAGUUUUUACAGAGGAUGAACUUAACAAAUUGUUAGACAGAAGCGACUUGUAUGACAGAUAUAAGAGACCUUAAAUGACCUACGUCAAGAAUACAGAUGAAAAUGUUAUUUUGAAACUUAUUAUAUAAUAUUUAUUUUUUGUACCUGAUGAGUAAUCCGGAGAGCAACAGAGAUUGACUCCCUGUUAAUUCCCAACUUUUGUAACGAUUUUUUAUAAUAAAAUGUAAGUAAGAAUUCUACUAU